AUGGAGAACACAAAAUGGGGGUUCCAACUUGCCCUUGAGGUCACUAUCUUUAUCGUGGGACUUACAGGAAAUAUCUUUGUACUGAUUAUAGUUCACAAGAGAAACGCCAGGACGACAAUUCAUGGAACAUUUGUUACAAGUCUGGCCAUUGCAGAUCUAGUUUUGCUGUGUUUUGAUUCGCCUGUAGCCAUUUUACGUCGUUUUGGUCACAAGGCUGAUGUAUUUAACUGCAGAAUACAUUUGACUGUUGUUACAACCGGGUAUAAUGCAGGGCUUUUCACUAUCACAUCCAUGGCGAUUCAUCGGUGCCAUAUUGUUACAAAGCCGUGGAGACAAAAGCUUAAACGAAGAGCUGCAAAGAUAUGGGUGUCACUCGUGUGGCUAGCUGCUUUUAUUUUGGUUAUUCCACUUAUCAUCGUCAAUAAAAUAACAGAAAAUGGAAACUGUGAAGAUUGGCCUUCCCUUGCUCAUCGCCAGGCAUACACCGUCUCACUCCUCACAGCACAGUAUAUCUUACCGCUGCUGAUUACAGCAAUUUGCUACUUACGAAUAUGGCUUUUUAUGAGAAAUCGACUGGUGUUGGCGAGAAACAGCAAUUUAUUUACUAACAGAAAAAUCCCUGGAGAAGACAGUACAAGAGAGAGUGUGAUAAUACUGAAAACCGUAGCGGCUAUUGUGUUGACGUUCUCGGUAUUGUUAUUACCAAAUCAAGUCGCUUGGAUGCUGUUUGAUUUCAGAAAUGUUUCCUAUGAGGAGCUCUGGUUUGUUGCAGAUAUAUUUACAAGGCUCCAUAGCUGUACAAACCCAGUUGUUUAUGGAGUCAUGAACCCACAGUAUCGUCGUAAUUACAUCGCAUUUCUUUCGCGCAUGUUGUGUUGUCGUCGAUUCCGACGUGUUGCACAGGCACCCCCAAAUAGGACAAUGGGUGACCAAGCCGUUCCACAAGCUGCAUGUAUUGAGCAAAACAUAUCACAGAACCACCAGGCUGACAGUGGCGGUAACAUAGAGCUUCCAUUAACUAUUCAAUAUUAGUGGUUGGGUCAGUGGUUGAUGUGACAACUGUCUCCGCUUUUCGAAGAGUUUUCAAACAGAAUCUACCGCAUUCACCUCCACACAUUAACAAAAGAGCUUUAAGUACUUGGUUGGAAGGACACCAAGAAUCAAAGCCUGAAAUUGACAUAAUGAGCG